CUUCUUUGUUUGCUUGGCCAUAAAAAGAAUCUUUUUCUCUUUCCAGCUUCAACUCUACUGUGUACUGCUGCUACUGUUAGGUUAAUAUCUCUCUCUCUCUCUCCCUUUUUAAUAGGAUUGGUGGACAUAUUUAUGUAAGGAUUCACCAAUAAACAGCUGCACAGUAGCACCCAAGAAACAGACAACUGAAACUCAUUACUGCAUCCAACCCAAUUUAAUCCUUGUAUAUAUUGUGUCUCCUGCUACUUUUAGCAGCAAAUGUGCUUGCAAGAUUUGUAGUCUUGACUUUGGGUUUUCUUUUUGGAUUAAAAAGAAAAUGACAAGGCAAAAAAUCCAGAUCAAGAAGAUUGAUAACAUAACAGCAAGACAAGUGACUUUUUCAAAGAGAAGAAGAGGGCUUUUCAAGAAAGCUUAUGAACUAUCAACUCUUUGUGAUGCUGAGAUAGCUCUUUUAGUCUUUUCUGCUACUGGAAAGCUUUUUGAGUAUGCUAGCUCUAGUCUGAAUCAAGUGAUUGAAAGGCACAAUCUGCAUCCAAGGAACCUUGGAAGGUUGGAUCAACCAUCUCUUGAGCUUCAGCUUGAAAACUGUACUGCAUUGAGCAAGGAAGUAGCAGAGAAGACGCAAGAACUGAGGCAGAUGAGGGGAGAAGAGCUACAAGGGUUGAGCAUGGAAGAACUGCAACAAUUAGAGAAGUCACUUGAAGGAGGCCUGAAACGAGUUAUGGAAACAAAGGAUGAUGCUAUUACCAAUGAAAUCAAUGACCUCAAAAGAAAGGGAGCUGAAUUGAUGGAAGAAAACGAGCGAUUAAAGCAGCAAAUGGUGAAUGCACCAGUAGAACGGCUGCAAUUGCUUGAACAAGGGCAGUCAUCAGAUUCUAUGAUGACUAAUACUAGCAGCGGCACAGCAGAUCCUCCUCAAGAUUAUGAAGGCUCCUACACUUUCCUUAGAUUGGGGUUACCAUCCCCAAAUUGAAUCCUGAAGGAUGAAAUGAUCACAAAGUAUCAAUGGCAUAGCCCAGAUUAUUGUGCUAAUUUCACGGAGGAAAAUUAAUUCUUAUCAAAUAAGAAGUAGAAAAUCCAUCCAUCUCAGUCAUAUUUAAAAUCCUUAUAAGCUAGCUUCUUAUCUGUUUGUCAAUUCCAGGAGAAAUGGGCAUAUGGGAGUUCUGCAUUUGCAUGGAUGGACGAUCGUUAUGUGUCUAUAUGUAUAUGUGUAGAUAAAGCCUCUGAUUAUUGCAGCCUUUUAAAGGGUGCAUUUUUGGACCAAUAAGAAAUAUGUAGAUUUUCUAUUUCAAGGUAAUAUAUAUAUAGACAAAUAACGUAGGUGGUCUGAGUAAGACCUUCAUCUUAUGUGUAUUUGACUGGUAAGAAUGAUGAGAAUAUUAGUAUUGUGUUUGAAGAACAUGGCAUUAAUCUUUUUAUCAUAUUAAUAUGAAAUUUUGCCAGAGA